GCGGCUCGGAGCGGUCGCUCCCCGCCCUCCGCGUUUCGUCGCCGGGCAACGCUCCGGCCCGGCGGCUCCGCCAUGUCCGGCCUCAGCCCGGGAGUGCCGCGCCGCUUCCAGGAGCUCACCUUCUACCGCGGCUACGGGCAGCCGCAGGGUCACCCCCGCUUCCGGACCGUCAACCAGAGCUACGGCAGCAGGGCCCCCACGGUGCACGAGCUGCCGAACUCCUUCCACUCCCUCUCGCACAAGUUUUCGGAUCACCUGGGCAAGAUUGGCAUGUACAGGAACGAGAGCCUGAACACGGCCCUGGAGAAGAGCCACUGCACCGGCUCCGACACCUUCAUCACCGCCUACGAGCACCUGGAUUUCCACCCCAGCUACAACCCCAGCGGCCCCUCGCACUGCCGGGACCAGCCGCUGUAGCCAGGACACCGCUGCAGCUCUUGGCUGCCUUGGGAAAUACACCCACAGCCAGCCUUGCUACUAAACAGACCCGCUAGAUUACAGAGGGAAUGUUAUUUCGGAGUAAUAUGUUAAAGAUUUAAUGUGGUUAAGUGUCAGUUAGGUAGCUGAUGUGAAGCGUUUUACCUAAUUUAUCAGCAGCAUAUAAAUGCUAGAACUACAUAAAUUCCGUAUUUAUCCUAUUAUCCCCUUCUCUGUCACUAAUGAUCCUUUACACUCUUGCCUCAUGUACCAUAUAUCAUUAAAAAUUAAGACUAAACUGCUUCUCUACUAUUUAAUGAAUAAUCAAUCUGCAAGUUUUCCAGAGGUAUUCAUUAACUCUCUGGAUUUCUGGUAAAAAGUUCACGUUUCUUCUCUCUCAAAACAACAAAGUUUUAAGAAAUUAUUCAAAUAAUGCCAAGUAAUCAAAAAAUAUUUUAA